AUGGAACGAGCAGGAAGCAUCCAACUUGAUAUUCCGGACUUCAGCAACUCCGUCCUGUCGCACUUGAACCAGUUGCGAAUACAGGGUCGUCUAUGUGACAUUGUUGUCAAUGUUCAGGGCCACAGUUUUCGUGCCCACAAGGUGGUCCUUGCCGCCAGCUCCCCCUACUUCAGGGACCACAUGUCACUGAGUGAGAUGAGCACCGUGUCCAUAUCAGUCAUCCGGAACCCAACCGUAUUCGAGCAGCUCCUUUCGUUCUGCUACACAGGACGAUUAUGCUUGCAACUUGCCGAUAUCAUCAGUUACCUGACGGCUGCCAGCUUCCUCCAAAUGCAGCAUAUUAUUGAUCGUUGCACACAGAUUUUGGAAGGCAUCCACUUUAAAAUCAGCCUAUCAGAUGUGGAAGAGGAGCUCGGGAAUGGAGCUCAUAGAACCACCAACCAAACCAUUGAGUCGGGACGAGGUGGGACGACACUAAGUGGGUCCCGCUCCUUGAGUCCCAGACUCACAAGCUCCCGGUUGAUUGGCAACACUGGGGUGAUCAGCAUCCGCGAUGUGAGGGAAGUUCGAGAGAUUAGUCCCCCUGGGGAGUCCAUGAGCCCUCAAAUAGUGGAGCACAGUGGCAUUGGCUCCGAGGAGGUAGGAUCUGGAAAAGAACCCAUUCUUCGAAUUAACCGAGCCGGGCAAUGGUAUGUUGAAACAGGACCUGAGGCAGAGAGAGGAGGAGAGGAGAACGUGCGGAUGGUUGAUGGGUUUCGGAUUAAGACAGAAAGGAUGGAUGAGUGGAUGGGGGCAGAGACCCAGGCUUCAGCGGAGGAAGGCAGUGGGGCAGAGGAGGGGCCGACAGUAAUGAUUGACACCUCAGGACGUAGCACACUAGUGCAGGAAGGAGGAAGAGGUGGGAAAAGUUCCCAGCCGUCCAGUAGCUUCAGUGAAACAGAGAGGUUUAGUCCAACAGGUAGUGUGGUGGUCAUGGCUGAUCGCCAGAGAGCCAAGAGUGAGUCUCCAGGAAGAGUUGACGAUCAGAGACAUCCCACCUCACAGGGAGAGGAACAAGCUGUGUUUGACAUGGGAGGAUAUGAGGAAUACCUACGAGAACAGGUAGGUGACAGGUGGUUCCGCUACAACCCCCGUCUCACCUGCAUUUACUGCUGCAAGUCCUUCAACCAGAAGGGAAGCCUAGAUCGUCACAUGCGCCUGCACAUGGGCAUUACCCCUUUUGUCUGCCGAAUCUGUGGGAAGAAAUACACCCGCAAGGACCAACUUGAGUACCACAUCCGUAAGCACACAGGAAACAAGCCCUUUCAUUGCCAUGUCUGUGGCAAGAGUUUCCCGUUCCAGGCUAUCCUCAACCAGCACUUCCGUAAGAACCACCCAGGCUGUGCCCCACAGGAGGUGUCCCAUAGUGCCUCUCCCGAGACCACCACGGUCACCUCCCGUGGAGGACAGAACGAAGACGAGUCACCCAGCCAGGAGGAAGCUGAGGGCAAUGGUGGAGGGGGAGGUGCUGGCUCAUCCUUCGGAGAAGGGGUCCAACCGUCAGUCUCUACCACUGGGCCUGACUGA